AAACAUGGAAUCCGAUAUCCAGACGAAGUUCACUUACCUCGGAAGAACUUUCAACUCGCUCAACAUCGGCGACUCGUCCGCCGCUUUCAGCGACUGCAACAGCGACCGGUCCGGCGAGUUCUCCACGACGUCGACGCAGAGUCGGCGGCUGCUGACGGCGACGUUGGCGGGGAACUCCGAUGAUUACGUGAUAGAGCAGCUGGUUUCUGAUCUGCAGUCGAGCUCGGUUGAUGAUCAGAAGAUGGCGGCGAUGGAGCUGAGGCUGUUGGCGAAGAAUAAGCCGGAGAAUCGGAUUAAAAUCGCGCAGGCCGGCGCGAUAAAGCCGCUGAUAUCGCUUAUUUCGUCAAUUGAUCCUCAAUUACAAGAGUACGGAGUGACGGCGAUACUGAAUUUAUCGCUGUGCGAUGAGAAUAAGGAGCUGAUUGCGUCGGCCGGCGCGAUUAGGCCGUUAGUGAAGGCGUUGAGGAUCGGGAAUUCGACGGCGAAGGAGAACGCGGCUUGCGCUUUGUUGCGGUUAUCGCAGAUUGAGGAGAAUAAGGUUGCGAUCGGACGGUCAGGAGCGAUUCAGCUGCUCGUUAGCCUUCUGGAGACGGGGAAUUUGAGAGGGAAGAAGGACGCGUCGACUGCGUUGUAUUCGUUGUGUUCGGUUAAGGAGAAUAAGAUUAGAGCGGUGGAGGCGGGGAUUAUGAAGCCGUUGGUGGAGUUGAUGGCGGAUUUUGGGUCGAAUAUGGUUGAUAAGUCGGGGUUUGUGUUGAGUUUGUUGGUGAGUGUGGCGGAGGCGAGGGUUGCAGUGGUGGAGGAAGGGGGAAUUCCGGUGUUGGUUGAGAUUGUGGAGGUUGGAUCGCAGAGGCAGAAGGAGAUUGCGGCUGCGAUUUUGUUGAAGUUGUGUGAGGAUAGCUCGGUGUAUCGGACAAUGGUGGCGAGGGAAGGUGCUAUACCUCCUUUGAUUGCGUUGUCACAAUCCGGUACUAGUCGGGCUAAAGAGAAGGCGGAAACACUGGUUGAACUUCUACGCCGACCAAGAUCCGGUAACACAGCUGCCAGGACGUCAGAUGUUUCAGAUUAAUCAAAUGCUUCGCGUGAUAUAUUCUAAUUGAACCCUACAUCCACCACACAAUAGACAAACAGGAAGAAAACAAAAGUUAAAAAGAAAUUCAAAUCUCAGGCAAAAAAAGAAGUUAAGGAGAGACAUCAAUUUAGAAUAUGGUUUUGUAUAUAUACAUAUAUUGUAGUAUUAGUGCAAGGAGCUUUGUAAAUUGAUCGAGACAAUCAGGUUCCGGUUGUGCAUGUUUGAUUUUGGAGAGAGCUCGGGGUUCAGAGUUUUGAUGUACUGUUGUUGAUCCGUUAAAGGUACGUCUGUUAUCCAGAGUUUAAAGUGUGUUUUGCGAGUUUGCCUAUAAUCCGAGUAGAAGGAGAGUUCAGAACAAGUAGACUGGUUGGAACUCAGCCGGAGAUGGCUAUGCUUAUCGCUCACUUGCAGAAUAACCUCGGCUUGUGUAGUGUGUCCAAUGUAAUAAAUUUACGAAGAAAAUGUAUGGUGGUUCGACAAAGCAUCAUGUUUAAUAGAUGAGAAUUGAGACGUGCAAUGUAGACUUUGUAAGAGACAAACAACUGUAAUGUCAAUGUACAUUUACAAGUCUUUGGCCCUCAGUUUUGGCCUCUGGGGACACCUUACUCUUAAUGAAAGAAACAGAGGCAUGAGAUGAUUGCUUGUCGUACAUAA